UUCUAAACAGCCAUUAUAAGAAAUACAAUACCUCCUUCCUCUUGCAAGGAUAAUGUUUUACAUAAUCUAAUCUCAGAAAGAAGGAGAGGUAUUAAGGGGGUGGGGGGGAUGAAGUACAUGAAAAACCUGUAUUUAGCCAGUAAGACAAGGAGAAAUUUGUCCAAGUAUUCAAAAACUAAAAGGGCAAUGAGGCAGAAAAAGAAUACCCUAAAGAAAGGAAAACAGGAAAAAGGAAGAUUCUGUCUGGGGCAGGAGUUCCCAAGAACCCCAGCCUGGGGCCUCUCUAGGAUGGCCCUAGAUUCAGGCCUACACAAAUUUGGAUUUGUAGAGUACCUUAAUUACACAGUGCCACUCACUGAAAUUGCUCCAUUUUGAACAGGUUGGAAAGGUUCUGUGGUAUUUUCUGAUUAUCACAUCUACUGAAACCCAAUAUUAUUCUUCGCUUAUCUGAGUCAUGGAUUUCAUAAUUCCAGAGUUUUCAGGGUAUAAUAUUCAGUUGGCUGUCUUUGGUGUCCACCUAAACAUAAUCUUGAAUAAUGUGUUUAAGAUUCAUUAAAGGUUGGUCUUUUUCCCUUGAAAACUUAUGUAGAGAAAGGAAGUUGAUAAAGGAUGGUGAAAGUAAUACUUCUAACUCUGGCAGGCUUGCCUUUACUAACUCACAGCUUGCACUUUUCUCCCUGUAAUGAAAGUGAAGUUUAGUGGACAAAGUCAGAAGGCCAAGAAUUUGCCAUCUUGAUUCCACCACUUACUGUUAGCUAGCAAUCAAGCAAAUGACUUAACAGCCUGGAGCCUCAGAUUCCAAAACUGUAAAUGGGGAUAUUAAAUGGGAAUAAUGAAUACCUACCUUACAGUGUUAUUAAGAGUAAAAUGAAUCAAGGGAUGCGCUAGACUAGAAUAUAAGCUCCAGAGAAGAGGAACAGUGAAUGUCUUUAUCACCGUUGAUUCUUGCUGGCAUGGAAAUGCACAUAGCAGGAGCUCAAUAAUAUUUUUUAAGUAAACGAAUAAAUAUUUGUGUCCCCAUUCCUCUCAACAUUAACCUUUCUUCCAUAAUUUUAUUUUUUCUGUCUUCUAUUAUUUUCUAAAGCCUUCAGUACAUUCUAUUUUGUCCUUUUAAGUAGGUUCCUCCCUCUCAUUGGCUAUUAUUAACUAUAGACCAUUCAGAAAAAGUACUUUUGUAAGUAAUUUCUCCAAUACCACCCACUUGCCAUAUCUAACGAGAUGGGGGUGGAAGGAACAAUCAGAACUUAAGAUUCAUGGCAAUUCGUCUACUUGCCCACAGCCACUGAUUCCUGUUAACAACAGUGAAACCCUGAACUCAGCCCUCCCCCGAAUAUAACUUUCAGGGCACAAUGCACUGUCCCUUAUCUCUUCACUAACAAAAGACUCGUGUACAGGAAAGUUGAGGCGUCGGUUACGCUCACCUCCCGCUGAAUAGAAGAGUGUGUCGCUUAAAUGAGACGCUCAACCUGGACAGACAGGAGGAACUGCACACCCUUUAGUGUUGCCCGAGGGCCGGUCACCUUUGGAUCUACCCAGGCUCGUCUGGGCACUGCUCCGAGGAAGGAGAGCUCUUCGGUCCCUUAAGGGAAGAGAUGGGGUCUCACUCUUGCUCAGGCUGCCCUCAGAUCCUUCUGACUCAGCUUCCCAGAGUCGUGUGAGCCACCGCAACGGGCCUGGCACAUCCAGAUUGAAACUGAUGUUUAGCAGAAGGAUGGAAAAAACGAUGGGUGGAAUCCAAGCAUCAGAUGGAUUAUGGUAAAUUUCAGCUCACUGCAGGAAAAUUUUAUGGAGACAAAGAAAAAGAUCAAGGUCUCCAGACCAGCGAAGAUGCCAAGUUUUAUGCCCUCUCAACCAGGUUUCCGCCGUUCAGCAAUGAGAAUGAGACCUUGGUGGUUCAGUUUUCAGUAAAACACGAGCAAGGCAUUGAUUGUGGUGGCGGGUAUGUGAAACUCUUUCCUGCCACCCUGAACCAGGAGGAUAUGCAUUCGGAAUCCGAGUAUUACAUCAUGUUUGGACCCGACAUCUGUGGCUUUGGGAACAACAAAGUACAGGUCAUCCUUCAUUACCAGGGGAAAUACCAUGAGAACAAAAAGACCAUCAAGUGCAAGAUCAAUAAAGACACUCACCUAUACACUCUGAUCAUUCGCCCCAAUGCUACUUAUGAGGUCAAAAUUGACAACCAGAAAGUGGCAGCUGGGGGUCUGGAGGAAGACUGGGACUUCUUGCCUCCCAGGAAAAUAAAAGACCCCUACGCCCGGAAACCAAGGAAAUGGGAUGAACGUCUGCAAAUAGAGGAUCCUGAAGAUAAGAAACCCGAGGACUGGGAGGACUUUGAGUACAUCCCAGACCCAGAGGCCAAGAAGCCGGAUGACUGGAAUGAGGCUAUGGAUGGGGAGUGGGAAGGGCCUCUGAUAUCAAACUCGAAGUAUAAGGGACAAUGGAAACCUCGGGUCAUUGACAAUCCCAAUUACCAGGGAGAGUGGAUUCAUCCAGAAAUAGACAACCCUAAAUAUAAGCCUGACCCCACCAUUUGUCACUAUUAUAACAUCAGUGUUCUUGGCCUGGACCUUUGGCAGGUAAAGUCAGGCAGCAUCUUUGACAAUUUCCUUCUUACAAAUGAUGAAGAGUUUGCUAAAGACGUUGGAAAUAAGACUUGGGGAGCAAGAAAGGACCUGGAGAAGCAAUGGAGAGAACUAUAUGAAGAAAUUGAAAAAAGAAAGCAGGAAGAAGAGGCCAAGAAGAAAAAGGAAAAGGAGGAGGAAGAGAAAGAUGACAUCUGGGGAAUUGAAGAAGAGGGAAAUGAAGAGGACCCUGCUGAGGAACCAGGAAAUGACAGGCAGAUGCAGGAAGAUGAUGCUGACAGAGCGUUUCCGGGUAAAAAUGAAGAAGUCCUUAUUGACCAGAAGGAUGAACUGUAACUGGGAAAAAAAUAGUUACCCUUACAGGGAUAAAGUUCAUGAGACUGGCACAAUUUGGGGAGCAAAAUAACUUGCUCUUUUUGAAUAAGUUCUGUAUUUUCAUCCCAACUUCUUUGCUCUGUAUGACUUGAGGAAAGCCACAUUACAUCUUGAAGCUUCUAUUUCCUUAUUAGUGGAAAGGGAGUGAUAAUUUCUAUUUUAUGAGGUUGUUGUAAAAAUUAAAUGAGCUAAUAUGUAUAAAGUGCCUGAGAUAAAUAUAUAGUCAAUAAAUGGUAGCUAUAACUGCUAUUAUUAUCAUGGUGUUUAUUAGAAGUCUAAUGCACUAUCCAAUGUGUCACAGAGCCACCUUCAUAGUGUUUAUUAAAUUAGUUAUUGGUAAAUAAACUUCUGUAUAAAGUUGAUCCUCACUUUCAAUUUAUCCCAGUGCACCCAGGGAUUUUAUUUUGUUUAAAUGUAUGUAUUACUUCGUAUUUACUGAGCAGU